AAGUAGGUAAGAACCUCAAAUACUUUGGAGAUGUAGCUGGAAGCAGCACUAGGUCUUGAUUAAUUACCAAGGGGAGGGUGGAGCAAUGAUGACCAAUGGCCUCUGGUAAUAGGCAUUAAUUAGAAGCUGCUUCUCAUAAAGGGAUAAAAGGGAGGGGGAGGCAGGGAGUGGAGGCUACCCAACUAGCCUCCCAGGCUAUGGACCGCUUUGUCUAUCCUCCGUACGGCGUGUACCAGAGUUAUGGGAGCACCUUCACCUCCAGCCACAACGUGGCCCCCCGGCCACCCCCCAAGCAAAAGCAGUCCAGCUGGAAGCAGAGCAAGAACAGCGGCAUUCCUAAUCCCUAUAGGGGACUGCCGCCCACCCUUGCCUCGGAUCCGCAGGAGACCUCCACAGACUACUUGGACAACUACAAGCGGGCCCAGCUGAAGGCGCUGCUGUCGCAGGUCAGCCCGCGGCUCCGCAAAGGCAGUCCCAAAGAGGUGGGAGUCCAGGUCAACCCGCGGGUGGACGCCGCCGUGCAGUGCUCGCUGGGCUCCCGACCGCUCCAGGCCGUCCGGCCUCAAAGCAUCCCGCGGGAGCCGCCGCCCCUGCCGGGCAUCUAUUCUCCAGUCCUCGGCCGCCGCCUCUUCACUUUGCCCGAGGCUGUGGUGGAGCCCCAAGAGCCGGAGGAAGCCCCCGCUGAGGUCCCGCUCGCCCACGAGGAGCCCGAGGAGAAGGCAGCGUUGGAGAAAGAGGAGACCGGCGGAGUAGAGCUGGUGGAAGAGGACCGGGACGAGGAAUCCGCCUCCUGGAAGGGAGAAGCGGCCAAGCAAGGAGGCCACGCAGGAGGAGGAGGAGGGGAAGGCAAGACGCUCUCCUUCCAGUUCCUGGAACAGAAAUAUGGCUACUUCCAUUGCAAUGACUGUAAGACCAGAUGGGAGAGUGCUUAUGUGUGGUGCAUUUCUGGAACUAAUAAGGUUUACUUCAAACAGCUCUGUCGCAAAUGUCAGAAGAGCUUCAAUCCUUAUAAGGUAGAAGCAAUCCAGUGCCAGCUCUGUUCAAAGACUCGUUGUUCCUGCCCUCAGAAGAAAAGGCACAUUGACCUCAAGAGGCCUCACCGUCAAGAGUUAUGUGGCCGCUGCAAGGGAAAAAGACUGUCUUGCGAUAAUACCUACAGCUUCAAAUAUAUUGUCUGAUCUGUUUGCCUUCUCUCUAAUGUGGUUGGUCUGUGUUGGCACUAUGCACUUUGAUACUUGGUUUUGACUUUAGGCUUUUGACUUGGCAUUGGAUAACGGAUUAAAGAUUUUUGUAAAUGUGGGGGAACUUCCUUUGUAAUUCAUUGUACCUUGUAAUAAAACUUAAAUCAUAA